AUGUGCCACAAAGACCCCUUCUCAUGUGAAUAUCUUUUGAGACAAAUCGAAGUGAAUAACAUCGCAUCCAGUAUGGGAGCUCAUGCAGAAAGGGUAACAAAGUUGCACAGAAGGACCAUGGCCGAACUCGGCUAUGACAGAGAAACAAUAGAAAAAGCCAUCCCUAAGAAUGAGCCGAUCAAGACGAUUGCCGAAGCUUUAUUCAAAGCAUGGGAACUGUUCUCAUCACCUGAAGCUAUCAUACUCGUAGUCGUAGAAGAUGUGAACCAAAAUCAAAUUGACCAGAGGCAUGUCGAGUACAUGCUAGAGGAUAUGGGCGUGCCUGUAGAUCAAAUCGUCCGUAGGACUUUGACCGAAUGCGAUGAAUGCCUAACUUUGUCUCCUGAACGUCAUUUACUUCUGUGCGGUUCACGAGUAGCGGUGGUUUACUUCCGAGCAGGAUAUUCACCUGACAGCUAUCCAACUGAGAAAGAAUGGUCUGCUCGCCUUCUGAUGGAAAGGUCAGAUGCGAUAAAAGCACCAUGGAUUGGUCUUCAGGUGGCGAACACGAAGAAAACACAGCAGGUGCUUGCGGAAGAUGGCGUUGUUGAGAGAUUUAUUGGACACCCGCGUGAGGCAGCAGCGAUACGAGCAACAUUUGCUGGGCUGUGGGCCAUAAACAAUUCCAGUCCAAUCACGGAGAAGUUGGUGAAGAGUGCAAUAGCUCGUCCUGCUCAGUUUGUGUUGAAGCCCCAGACUGAAGGAGGAGGUGGGAAUUUCUAUGGCGAGAAAAUGGUAGAAAAACUUAAAUCCAUGACUGAAGAAGAACGAGGAGCUCAUAUACUUAUGGAGCGGAUACAACCACUUGUUCUUGAGAAUUAUCUUGUUCGAGCAAUGCAACCAGUGCAACUAUCAAAUGUUGUAAGUGAACUUGGAGUGUAUGGUUAUGCACUCGGAGACCGAGGUAUAGCGGAGGUUCGACAAGGUGGUCAUUUGCUGCGCACAAAGGGCGAAAAAGUUGAUGAAGUGAGUGAUUCCGACAUGGAGGCGUCGCUGUGGGAGCAGCUGUCAUUGAUAGCCCAUUCCUAUACGAGCUUCUUUGAAGAGUAG